AUGGGAAACUGGAAGUAUCUCGCUCUCUUGGGCAUUUUUUUGUGCGGUGGCUUCACCAUUGCGUUUUCCGAGGCUUCCUUUUAUAAGAUCAGGAAAAUAGAAUGCAAAAUAAAUGCUGAAAUCCUCGACAACGUCUCUUGUGUUGUCAAACCAAUUAGUUGGACGCGCUCGGUGUUGAACCUGGAGGGCGACUUGAAGGAUAACGUCACUGAAGUUAAAGCGAUAGUGGAUAUCUUUUACAAGGAUUCUUCUAAUAUGUUUAAACCCUUUGGUGUUAAACUCAACUUUAAUAUUUGCCAACUCCUGGCUAAAAAGAAACAGGGAAAUUUUUUGGAAGAAUAUGCUGUACAUCAUCUAAGGACCCUGACAAAUGUCAACCAUAGCUGCCCAAUAUCGGUGAGUCUCUACAAAAGCCACCACGACUGUAGAUAUAUAAGGAAAAGCUAUUUUUAGGGUCAUAUUUAUGCACGGGACUUUUAUUUUGAUGAACUGACUUUGCCUCCGGUUCCACUGCAGGACUAUAAAGUAGCCUUUAACUUUUCAUACUCCAAGCCAGCUAGGAAUAUUGGAUUGAUAUUUGUAUUUUUCGAAGUAUUUGAGGACUAUUACAAAAACAAAAAACCCAAGUCACGGCCUAGGGCAUUAAUUCUAAACUAA